GCGUGCAUGGCAUGUUCUCCAUCCAAUGCUGCAUCACAGUACUCCAUUAUUAUUAUUAUUUCUUCCCAUCCAUGCAAGCCUUAGUUUGAUUAUCCCAAACAACUGCGAAUUGAAAGAUAAGAUCAGAUAUGAAGACCCAAAAUGAGGAUGAGAAGAAAGAUCAUGCGCAUGCAGAUGAGGAAGGCAAGAGCAGAGUAAAUAGGCUGCCUCCAGAUCUGUUUAAGGUUUCCCAGGAAAUUGAUCAUUACAUCUUCAAUCUGUGGAGCUCCCGAUCCGGCUCCGACUCCAAGCCCCCCGAUGUUCCCAUCUGCGUCGAACAGUUCGCCGUUCUUCUGGAGGAGAUCAUCGACGAUUACACCCGUUCCAGGGGGCAACCCGUGAAAUGGAGCCAGCUCAGGGACGACGAAGCCGCUACGUUUCUCGAAUCCGCCAAUCGCAUCUCCAAGCUCUCCAAAUCCCUCUGCCAUUUCUCUUCCGAGUACAAAUACGCUUACUCCAUCAGCCGCAUCGGCGGCGUUCUCCAGCGCACAAUGUCCUACUUGGAAGACGAAUUCAAAUCCUAUCUCGACGACUGCAAGGCGCUGAAGAUUAACCCCGACACCACCACCGCAAAACAGCAUUCCCUCACCAAACGAGACGACGACGGCGGACAUAAUAAUGUCUCGGAAGAUCAGGAUGCAGAUCAUCAAUCUAGUAGUAAUAACCAUAAUAAGGAAUUAUCAGAGAAUACUACUACGAAGGCGGGUAGUGGGUGUUAUUCCGAGGAAAUCAUGUCGAAUUUGAAUAAACUAGCCAAGGCGUUGAUGUUCGGAGGGUACGAGGCGGAGUGCUGGCACGCGUAUUUCGUGGCGCGGCGAAACGUGAUGGAGGACAGCCUGUCCAGGAUGGGGUUCGAGCGGCGGAGCAUAGAUGAAGUGCAGAAGACGAGCUGGGAAAGCGUGGAGAGGGAGAUCGCCGCCUGGCUUAGAACAUUCAAGUACUGCACCACCGAGCUUUUCACCGUGGAACGAAAACUCACCGCCACCGUCUUCAGCGACCACCCUUCCAUGUCCGAGAGCAUCAUUAGCGACCUCUGCCGUUUCACCGUCAUCCAGCUCCUCCACUUCUCCGACGCUGUCGCCGUCAUUAAACGCUCCUCCGAUAAGCUCUACAAGUUCCUCGACGUCUACGAGGCGCUGCGGGAUCUUCUCCCCAGCUUGGACACCCUGCUACGGCCCCAGUGCAUGGAGGAGCUGAAGGCCAAGACCCUCAUAACCCGGUGCCGCCUGGGGGAGAUGAUGAUCUGCAUCAUCCAGGAGCUGGAAAUCACCAUCAACGCCGAUCCCCCCAAGAACCCCGUCCCUGGCGGCGGGGUCCACCCGCUAACCCGCUACGCCGUGACCACCAUAGAAAACGCCUGCUGCUACAAAGAAACGCUGGAUCAAGUGUUCAUAGAACACCUGCAGUUCCAACAGCAGCAACAUCAGCAGCAGGGGCAGGGUGGGAAUGAGGUGGAGGGAUGGGAAUCCCAUCUCUCCCCCUUCGGAAUGCAGAUCGCGAGAGCCAUGGAGCUGCUGGACGCCAACCUGGAAGCCAAAUCAAAGCUGUACAAAGACCAAUCCCUGAGCAUGAUCUUCAUGAUGAACAACGGGCGACACAUAUUACAGAAGGUGAAAGAAUCCCCAGGAGCUAGCAGCCUGCUGGGGAGCUCGUGGAUAAAGAAACGUUCGUCGGAUCUAAGAUCUUACCACAAGAACUACCAGCGGGAGACGUGGGGGAGGCUGAUGCAGUGCCUGAGCGUGGAAGGGCUCAUCUCCAGCAGCGGGAAGGUGCACAAGCCGGUGUUGAAGGAGAAGUUCAAGAGCUUCAACGCCGUGUUCGACGACAUUCACAAGACGCAGUGCAAUUGGGUGAUCAGCGACGAGCAGCUUCAAUCGGAGCUUCGGGUUUCCAUUACCAACAUGGUGGUUCCUGCCUACAGGUCAUUCCUUGCCAGGUUUAGUCAGACCUUCACGCCCGGGAGGCAGACCGAGAAGUACAUCAAGUAUCAGGGGGAAGAUCUUGAAAAGUAUAUUGAUGAGCUUUUCGAUGGAACAGGGAAGAAGAAAUAAUAAUAACUACUUCUAAAUGGUGAAGACAAGCAUUUAAUUAAUUUAAUUUGUUGUUUAGAUUAAGA